GGGCUGGGCCCAGGGCCCUCCUGGGCUCCGGGAACGUUGGCUUCCUAUUGUCUCCAGUGAACUUCUAAAACACCCCAAGUCCUUGACCUUCACAUGGACCCUCCCCACACACACACCCUGGCUGGAACAGCUGGGGUGGAGGAACCGAAACUAGAGAGGUAACGGAGAGGGUGUGUAGCCAUUCCUGGGCUUGGGGUGCCCUGCAGUGGGCAGAACCUUCCCCAGCCGGGACAGCAGCUGGGUGCUGGCUUCCUGUUUGUGUGGUGUGGACCAGGCUGACUGCCCCGCCAGGUCAGGCCAAUCAGAAACCUGCUUCAAGUCCCGCCCAGAAGGGACAGGCUGGGUAGGAGCCCGGCCUUGUCCCCUGCCACUAUGCUGGCUCUGAGCUGGCGUCACCUGGCACCGGCCUCCACCUGCGGAUGCCUGGCACAGGUCCUGUGGGCACCAUGGACGUCCGAGGAAGACCAAAGUGCGGCCCACUGCUGCAGCCUGGCAUCUUUGUUCUGAUUCUGCUCCUGGUCCUGUUUGGCUACGGGUUCCUAAGUUACAGAAGCCAGCUACCAGCGGAUGUGGGAGCCGAGCCUUGGUGAGCGUGGCUGCAGUGUGGCUCUUGGGCAGCCUGGCAGCCAGCCCGUGGUGGCCUUGUCCAGGAUGCUGUACCCACAGCCGAAGGCGCUGACUCCCGUGAGGAGUGACGUCCUUGUCCUCACCCCCUGGCUGGCGCCCGUCAUCUGGGAAGGGACCUUCAACAUCGAGCUCCUCAAUGCACAGUUCCAGCAGCAGAACCUGACUGUGGGGCUGACCGUGUUUGCCGUCAAGAAAUACGUGGUCUUCCUGAAGCUGUUCCUGGAGACGGCAGAGCAGCACUUCAUGGCGGGCCACCGUGUCAUCUACUACGUCCUCACCGAUCGGCCGGCCGACGUGCCCGAUGUGCCGCUCGGGGAGGGCCGGCGCCUGGUGGUGCUGGAGGUGCCGAGCCAUGCACGCUGGCAGGACGUGUCCAUGCACCGCAUGGAGGCCAUCGCCCGCUUCUCGGAGCAGCGCUUCCGCCACGAGGUGGACUACCUGGUGUGUGCCGACGUGGACAUGAAGUUCCGGGACCACGUGGGCGUGGAGAUCCUGACCCCGCUCUUCGGCACCCUGCACCCCGGCUUCUACAAUACAAACCGUGAGGCCUUCAGCUACGAGCGGCGGCCGCAGUCCCAGGCCUACAUCCCUCACGGCCAGGGUGACUUCUACUACAUGGGAGCCUUGUUUGGGGGCUCGGUGGCCGAGGUGCAGCGGCUGGCCAGCGCCUGCCACCAGGCCAUGCUGCUGGACAAGGCCAACGGCAUCGAGGCCGUGUGGCAUGACGAGAGCCACCUGAACAAGUACCUGCUCUACCACAAGCCCACCAAGGUGCUGUCGCCCGAGUACCUGUGGGACCAGCAGAUGCUGGGCUGGCCGCCGGUCAUGAAGAAGCUGAGGUUUGUGGCUGUGCCCAAGAAUCACCAGGCCAUCCGGAACCCGUGACACCUGCCCACUGCCCUGGCUGCCCUGUGUGGUUGAGGGUCCCGGGAAGAAGCUGCAGGGAGAGGCUGACACUCAGGUGCCAGCUCCAGCUCAGGCAGGCAGGAUCGCUCUCACACGGCCUAGUGCCUGCCAUGCCCUUGGCCAGCAGCGGCUUAGGAGCCUUUUCCACUCCUCUGACUCCUGGUGGAAGCGUUUGGGGAUGGGGCUGGUGGUGUGGGGGUUCAGAGCGUUCUGGGCUGUAAGCCUUACGGGGUGUGUGCUGUGAGCCUACUGACAGGAUGAGGUUUUGCCCACGACUCUUCCCUGCUAACCAGAAAGCAGCUGUAAGAGCCGUAGUCUGGGGUGGGUCCAAGGGGAGCCAGCAGCCCAGACCUCCAUAGGCCGACCUGGGGUAUCCGUGGUUCUCUGAGCAGCGUCCUCCCUCUGGGCCCUCAGAGAACAGAGCCGAGCCUAUCUCCCUCUUGUACAUAUGGAGAGAGGUUGGCUUUCAGCAACAAGGGCUCCAGCUCUGCCCAGAUGUCCCUGAGAUCUCCAUGCCCAGCAGGCUCACCGCAGUCAGAAUGGUAGGUUAAGCCUUCGCCCUUGUUCACAAAGCCACAGCUCUCAUCUCAGAGUUUACUUUGAUAAUGGAAAGUCCACAAUUAAGCCAUAAAAUCAUCCACUUUACAUCUCCAAGGAGAGGCUGUCCAUGUCCCUCCCCUCACUCCAUAGAAGUGUGCUCAGGGUCAUAGUCUAAUUGUCCUUGUUAUCAGCCAUAUUCACCCUUUUAAUAAUUAGGCUUGGUGCGGUGACCUAACUGGCU